AUGCCGCAUGACAUACCAGACAAAGUGGGAGAGAGCCUUGGAUACAGGCAUGGGGUGGAGCCGAGUGUUCAGGGUCUCAGCAGGGAGCGGGUGGGAGCUGAGAACCCCCAGCCACAGCAGGACAAGAGGACUCCUCCCAUCUCUUCACCUCACCCCCUGGCUCACUCUUUCGGCCUCACACCAAGCAGCAUCAUGCAAGACCCCCGAAUGCAGAGCAUUAGUUUGCCGGGGCAGAUGCACCCCGUAGUGCCCUCAGGUGCCGUUCCGGAGGAGUACCUGAGAGCACUCCGGCCGUUCGCCACCUCAGAUGACCUCCGUCUGAGCUCUCUGCCCCUGAGCCUCGACCCGGCCGCUGCAGCCCACGCCGCCGUCGCCGCUUACUAUCAUCCAGCCUACUUGCACCACCCUCUGUCUUUACCGAGGAUGGAGGAGUCUCUGUGUCUUUCUGCACUGCGAUCACAGUUCUACUCUGUGCCUGCAGGGGGUGCCUUCCCUCCACUGCACCCCUCUGCCCUCCACUUACACCUGCCUGGAGGCCGCUACCCUGCAGACCUAAACCACACAGCCUUAUCUGAGAGGCUACAGAUGGAGAACGAGCUCCGCCAGCGAGAGAGAGAGCAAGAGCGUGAACGAGAGAAAGAGAGAGAGCGAGAGGCCGGGCUGGAACGAGAGCGGGAAAGAGAGAGGGAGCGAGAGGAGGAGAGGGAGCGUGAGAGAGAGCUGGAAAGACAGAAGGAGAGGCAGAGGGAGAGACAGCAGCAGAUGGUCAGAGCGGCGGAGGGCCACUACCUGGCUGAGCUGCAUGCUCGGAGGGCACCACCAGAGGACAGGGCCAGGCCAGGAGAAAGGCUGACCCCGAACAGACUGGUUUCUCCAGAUAAAUCCAAGGACUCCGAACACCCAGGUUUUUCAGCACCUAAGCCUCUGCAGCCUAGCAUUCACUCCUCCAGGGGCUCUGUGCCAUACCCAGUGCCCAGCUUGUUGCCUUCUCACCUGGGGAAACAUCAUGCUGGUGCUGUUGGUGGGAUCCAUGGAGCUCUUUCCGCCAGCAUGAUGAGUCAGAGAGCCAGCGAGGAGGCGUGGUUAACACGACAGCGAGCACAAGGACAGGACAGGGAGCUUGGCCUCAGGUCACCGGGGAAAGGGGUGGAACCGAGGAGAGACGGCAGCCGUACCGGUUCAGUCUAUCACAACCCAGGCAGCAAAGAUGUCGCAGCCUGCCUCGGCGCUCCACCGCCGCUAAUCUCCCCAAAAGCUCCUCAUCAACCUCCUGCCCCUGCCACUACACUGUGGAACCCAGCUUCUCUUGUUGACGCACCUGCAGACUCCCGCAGAAAACUAAACGCCCCAACGCCACCGAGUCGACCGCCACCGGGAUUGACCAGAGCUGAGAGACCGCCUGCGGCAUGGGGGGAGAGGCUGGAAGAGGGCAACAGGAGGAUGGCAAAAAGCCCAGAAAGGUUCGCCUCACUCAGGGGAGCAAGUUUACAGGAGUGCUGGAACAAGAGUGAGCAGGACAGAGCCAUCCAGAGCCUCUACCACCGGCAUCACAUCAAUAACCUCCACCAGCGAUCCUUUAUGCCUCCGUCUAUCUCCAGUGGAGCCUGCACUGACCUAGGGGGACGGUGCCAGGCUGCUUCUCCGCCAGCGGUAAGGGAGCGACCGCAUCAGGUGCCUGACAGCAUGAUGGUGUACGAUGAGGUUCUCCAGCAGCAUCGCAGGCUGCUCAGCAAACUCGACCUGGAAGAGAAGAGGAGGAAAGAGGCCAAAGAAGGAGGUUAUUACUAUGACCUGGAUGAGUCAUAUGAUGAGAGCGAUGAGGAGGAGGUGAAAGCUCAUCUGAGAAGAGUGACAGAACAGCCCCCACUCAAGCUGGACACGUCUUCAGAGAAAGUGGAUUUUCUGCGUGUGUGUGGUCUUACUACGCUGACCCAUCGCGAUGAUCUUCUGGCUCAGAAGAGGAGGAAGAGGAGGAGGAUGAUGAAAGAGCGCAGCGUCUCUCCUCCGGCUGUGCAGGGCAAGAAAAAGGCCUGCUCAUCUUCAACAUCUUCAACACCCACAACUCCCUUAACUACUCCGUACUCUGCCGAGCAGAUGGACUGCACCCCCGAACUGGAGAAGAAAAAAGACUUCCUCCUUAUGUUCAACCUCUCGCACGUCAGCCCACAGCAGAGGAGAGAUAAAGAGAGAACAGAAGAGCUGCUGAAGGCCAUUCAGAGGAAGACUGUGACGUUAGACACACUCAGAUAUAAUCCUUUACCACUGUGUAGAAGUCCUCCGGCUCCCUCCACUGGUGACUCCUUCUCAGCACCUCUGCCGUGUCCGUCAAAUGGACACCUGUACCCAGACUCUCCCAGCCCCUCCCCUCCCUAUCUUAGCAAACAUAAACACCUUCAUAACGACGCGCACAAACCACCUGUAGACUCCACGGUGACUCGGCUCCCUCCUCCCUUGGCCCCACAUCAUGAAAAGGUUGAAUUCGUGGAGACACAAUCGAACAGGAAGCGCCAGGGCCUCCAGAACGGCGCUGGCACUGGCGCUGCUGCUGCUCAGAAAAAGGAGCCCAGUCAAGUGCAGAAUGGGCGGAAUCGACCCUUGGAGCGGUUCACCCCUGAGGCCUUCGCUCAGCACUUCCAUCAGGCUGUGCUGCAGUCCACACACAGCACACUGCAGAACAAAGGACUCUCAAAUUGUGUCCCAGAGGCCGGCGUGAAGGCCGAUCCCUCGCAGCCUCACAGCGUCUCUCAGCUGAAAAGUUCAAAUCUCAUCCAUGUCUCUCAGCGUGCACAUAUCAAUGGCCAUCACUUCCCUUCUUCUGUAGCCAACCGGGACUGUCUAGCCCCACAGGAGAACCUGUCUGAGGAUGAGGAAGAGUCCGAUCAGGAAGAGGACGAAGAGGAGGAGGAGGAGGAGGAUGUUCCGAGGAAGUGGCAGGGCAUUGAAGCUAUUUUUGAGGCCUACCAGGAGUAUGUGGACGAAUGGAGUAUAGAGAGGCAAGUCCUUCACAGUCAGUGUAAAAGACUCGAAGCACAGAACUACAAUCUGACCAGAACUGCAGAGCAGCUCUCUAUCACUAUGGGGGAGCUGGUGACUCAGAGGCAGAAAGUAAGAGAGGAGAGGGAGAGACUGCAGGCCCAGCUCGAGCACUUCAGGAGGUGUUUGACUCUACCGAACAUUCACUGGGGCAGGGGCCAAGUGAACGGGCACACGCCGAGGUGACCUCUGACACAGACUCUCCAAAGCCUCUGACAGCGGAGGAACAGUAACAAGAACGGGCUGGAGCCGGGCCACUCUCCUCACUCGAAGCACUCGACGGAGCCAACAGUUGUCUUGUUACCCUUUUUGGACAGUCAAUUCUGUCACAUGACUGGUCCCAGAUACACCUUACUACCUGCUAUAUUUGUAUCACAGUAACUGUAAUCCAUGGUGUCCAUGUAGAGCUUAAACGGUCUGAUUCUUCCCAUGGAUUUCAACAACACUGCGUAGCUACGGCAGCAUCGUUGUUAGAGUAACGCUAACCACUCCUACUUGAGUUGGCUUUCAAGUACAGCAAUGUGAAAAAGAGAGUACAACCUCUUUCAGUUCUAAGGUUUUACUUAUCAGGACAUAAUCACAAAAAUCAUCUGGUCCUUAACAGCUCAAAUGCAAUAUCAGUUGGACAAUAACAGCAGUGUGUCAGAACUAAGUACACCUCACAGUUCAGUGCUUGAAGAACCACCUUUAGGAGCAAUAACUGGAAGUAAACAUUUUCUGUAUGACUGCAGCAGUCUCUUACAUCAUUGUGGAAGAAUUUUGGCUCAGUCUACUUUACAGCGUUGCUUCAGUUCACUGGGGUUUUCUUGCAUUUGUUUAUGCAUGGCUCUCUCGAGGUCCUGCCACAGAUUUUUAGACAGGCUGAGGUCUGGACAUUGUCAGGGCCAUUGGGCCUCAUUCACUAGUAUUUAUGUAAAUUUUUGUUACACAAGCGUGUAUGAAAAAAUGUUGUUGGAAUCAUAAAUUGCGCCCAGCGCCCUUUUUUGUUUUACCAACACACGUUUGUUACUGAAUCUGAAUCCAACAGGAUUCUGCAAUCUUCAUACUGCCACAGCCCGAUUUCUCUAUAUAUGUAAAUGCAUUGACCUCAAAACGAGUUAGAGACAGCUGUGGUGAUGUUGUUAAGACCUGCAGUGCUAAGGAAGAAAGCAGGAAAAAGUCUGACUGAAGAAACUGAAACAAGUUUGAACAACAGACUAUAAAAUUUUAAAAAAAAAGAAAACAGCUGAAGAAUGAGGAGCAGCUGAUCUGUCCAAGAUGAGAAACUCAAUCCUUUCUUUUUCUAAUAUCUGUGGAGAAGUGCCAAGAAACUGGAUUUUAAGGAAUCAUAUCCAGCGAUACGACAGAAGUCAUUUUAAUGAAAAAAGAACAUUUAAUGUAAGAUGAGAUAAAGGGAUAUUGGAAUACAUUUAAAUUAAAAGACCUCCACCUUUUCAAUUUUUUAUUUAUUUAAUUGUAAUUCUGAUAAUCCUGAUUUUAUUAUUCGUAGUAGUAGCAGGAGCAGUAAUAAUAUUAGUAUUUAAA